AUGCCCCUACGUCCUAUUAAUUUAAACAGGGUAAAGGGAACAGAGUUAACUCCACACUUACGUGGUAAAAUCUCUAGCCAAGCUGAAAUUGGGAUCCCCACGGCUACUAUUGCGCGACACUUUGGUUUAUCCCCUUCAACCAUCCAAUAUACCCUCGAACAAGAACACGCCCGAGCAGAUGGGAAGACCUGCCCUCGAUCUGGGAGACCCCCUAUUCUCUCUGAGGGUGACAAACGCUUGAUCCUGCGUUUAAUUAAGCGCGAUCCCUUUAUCGUGUAUCGAGAAAUUCGCGACCAAAGCGGAUUAACGGCGUCUGACGACACCCUUCUUCGUCUGGUGAAGUCCUCGGGCUACGGCCAUUGGAAAGCUAGAAAACGACCCUUCCUGACUCCGGAAGUGGCCGCGCCACGUUAUAAAUGGGCUUUGGCCCACCGGAAUUGGAUGUGGGAUGACUGGAUGCGAGUUGUGUGGAGUGAUGAAUGUUCCGUCGAGAUCGGAAAAGGGAAGCGCCACCGUUGGGUCUUCCACCUGAACCACACCAACAAAAAGUACAAAAAAGAACAUGUGAUCACGUACCGGAAGUCGAAAGGUCUCUCUAUCAUGAUUUGGGGCGCGAUCUGGGGUGGUGGUUCCUCGAAAAUAUACCAAAUGGUUCGAGAUGAGGCAUCCGCCCGAAACGGCUACUCUGCACGCUCGUAUCUCGAUGUUUUAGAGGGAAAUCUACCUCAAAUUCUCGAUGAUACCAACCGCAUCUUCAUGCAGGAUAACGCCCCGAUUCAUACGGCUCGUUUAAUCAAGUCGUGGUUGGAUGAGCACGAAUAUGAUGUGAUAAAGUGGCCUCCGUAUUCGCCGGAUCUGAACCCUAUCGAAAAUGCCUGGGCUAAGCUCAAAGAAAUGAUCGAUAGGCUGGAUCCGCACCUGGAAUCAUUUGCUGGAACCCCUUCUGAAUUAAAGGAGCAUUUUUCCGAUUUAAUCGACCGGGCGUGGGAGGAGCUAGGUCAGGAUUACUUUGACAAGUUGGUGAAGACGAUGAACCACAGGGUUGCGUGUUAG